CGCCAGAUGCAACUCCUUUCCAAAGCUCAAACGAAGAGAAACAACUUUGGACUUCUUUUUUUUUUCCUUCGUAAGUCGGCGACAGCCAGGAAGCGGCGAUGGGCGGGGUCAAGUGUUCGGGUGACGUUUGUUUCGUCGGAACCACUGAGUCACGCCCCGCCCCUCCACGCGGCUGUUUCUGUCAGUCAUCCUCAAAAUAGCUCCCUGCUGUCACCCCCGCGUGAACGCGCACGCCCACUCGAGUGACAAGAACGCGUGCGUGGCAGGAUCAAAGUCUGGCCCGGACGUGAAUCUUGAAAGACUCUACGGGCGUCGCCUGAUGUGCGUGCGUGCGCGCCUCGCCUUGACCUUUGGUGGGACCUCCCCCGGAGAGACUGCCGUGCCGAGGCGCGUGCGUGCCACCGGAGGAACUUGACGGAGGCCGGGAGCCACGCGGACGUGCUUGGUGUGUUUGCGAUGACGUCGGUGUGGAAGAGGCUCCAGCGCGUUGGCAAAAAGGCUUCCAAGUUUCAGUUUGUGGCUUCCUACCAGGAGUUGCUGCUCGAAUGUAAAGACAAAUGGCAACCAGACAAGCUGCGUGUGAUUUGGACCAGGAGGAACCGACGCAUGUGCUCCAAGGCGCACAGCUGGCAGCCCGGCAUCAAGAACCCGUACAGAGGGAUGGUUGUCUGGCCCGUCCCGGAGAACAUGGAGAUCUCGGUGACGCUGUUCAAGGAGGCGGGCGCCGACGUCUUUGAGGACAAAGAGUGGACCUUCGUCAUCGAGGGUGAGUGCAAAGGCCACCGUAAGGUUCUGGCGUCCGCCGCCAUCGACCUGAAGACUUACGCCGGCGUGACGCCGACGCAGACGGACAUCAGGCUGCCGCUCAAACCGCUGUCCGUCAAAGUGGUGGAGGCGGAGCUCAAGCUCUCGCUGUCCUGCAUCUUCGUGCGCGAGGGAAAAGCCACCGACGAAGACAUGCAGAGCCUCGCCAGCCUGAUGAGCGUCAAACCCGACGUCGCCGACAUGAACGACUUCAACGACAGCGACGAGGACGGCGACGGCAGAUCUGCCGGCGGCGGGACGGCCGUUCCACGCCCUCUCGUGCGCCCCAAUCGGCCCGCCCCUCCGCCGCCCGAAACGGCAAGCGCACCAGCGCCGCCCUCUUCGCCGCCCCCCGCCGAUGACGUCACCGCCGUCCCGCUGCUGAGUCGCCCGGACCUGGACGCCCUUUGCGAGCCCGCCGCGCCGGCGCUUGGCGCCCCGCGGCCGCGGGCCUCGCCGACUCACCGUUCCGGCGGCCCGUUCAGCCUCCCGCCGAAGGAGACUCCCAGCGGGUUCUCCGCCUCGGAGGAGGCGGCGGAAAGGGAAAGGGAAAGGAGGCGCGAGCGACACGAGGAGGAGAAGAGGCAACUGCUGGCCCAAGAGAAGAGGCGACUCUUGCGGGAGCACGAGGAGCUGAGGAAGCUGAAGGAUCGGAGGAGGCGCCAGGAGGAGAGGCUGCUCCGGGAGAAGCGAGAGCGCGACCACAGGCUGCGACGAGAGGAGGACGCCGAGAGCGAGAGAGACGAGGAGGAGGAGGCCCGAAGGAGAGAGGAGCCCGAGAGCCCGCGGCGGGCCUGCGAGGAGGAGGCCCCGCUGGUCGGGGUGAGGCAGGAGGAGGAGAAACGCUCACAAUGUCAGCGGCAGGGAGAGGAGAGCGAGGGGGGCGCUAACGCUAACCAAGAGGAGACAAAGGAGGAGGCGGCGCGGGAAAGGAAGGAGCCUCAAACAUCGGCAGAUGACAAAGCCGGGAGGCACGAGGGGGAGACGGAGAGCACCAUCUGCCUGCAGGAGGAGACAGACUUGCAAAGAUUGACAGAGGAGGAGGGGGCGGGCCACGAGGAGCAAAGCUCCGGGGCGGGGGGCAAAAAUGGGGAGGAGGAGGAGGAGCAAAAGAAGAGCGAUGAGGAGCAGAGAGAAAGGGUGGAGGGCAAAAAGAGGCAAAGUGAGAGAGAGACGGAGGGGGGGCACCACGGGAGGCUGCGAGCGGACAAAGGCGCGCCGCCAUCCCGGGAGGAGAGGAGAGGGAGCCACCAAAGCCCAGAGCGGGAGGAGGGCCAGCCCAGCCCGAGUCUUGGCCCGCGGGGGGAGACCACGCCGGCACGUGGCGGUGGCGAGGCGGCGACGGAGCGCGGCGCCGAGGCCUCGCCUUCGGCUCGGGUCCCGCCCCCAGAAGCGCAGCCCGCCCCCGUCCACGCGGCCACGCUCGGCCUGGUUGCCGGGUUGCGACGAGCCGCCAAGGAGCAGGAGGAGGAAAGGAGGGCGCGGGAGCGACCGCAAAAGGGCGGGGCGGAGGAAGAGAUGCACCGAGGAGAGGCGCCGGAUGACCAAGGAGAGCGGGAACCGGGCGCGGCGGGACCAGAGCGAGCGAAGAAAGGCCACCGCGGCCCAUCGGAGGCGGAGCUCACUGACAUUGCUGACGAGCAGGAUGGCGCCGCACGCCUCGCAGCGCCCGAGAGCCCACAUCCCGCCCAUCCUCGCGCUCCUCAGCCCCCUCUUGUGGAGGUCCUCGGCCCCCGCCGUCAUCUCGACUCUCCUCCGGGCUGCCUUGUCCUUCGGGAGGACGCCGGCGAGCUCCCGAUUCCCGAGGCCCAAGAUGGCGCCGAGUCCGAGCGCUCGUCGUCGGGAGAAUGCCCGCCGUCGGAGCGGCGCGGCGGCGAGUCCAUGGCGGCGGCAACCGGCCCCAUCAGGGAGGAGGCCGACGGAAAGGACGCCGCCACCGCCGUCGUCGAUGAGGGCCCGGUGACCUGCAGCCAGUCGCUGCUGCGGUGGUGCCAGGAGGUGACAGCCGGCUACCCGGGGGUCAAGGUCAGCGACUUUGACGCGUCCUGGAGCGACGGCCUGGCCUUGUGCGCGCUGGUGCAUCACUUCCACCCGCAGCUCAUGGAUUUGCGGGAGUUGAACGCUCACCACGCCGAAAUGAACAACAAGAAGGCCUUGGCCGCCUUGGAGUCGCUGGGCGUGCCGCGCCUCCUGGAGCCGUCGGACCUGGCGGCGCGCCCCCUUCCGGACCGCCUCAUGGUGAUGACGUACGCCGGCCAGCUGCGCAGCCACUUUGCCCGCGCCCCCCGCGGAGGAGGGGCCGCCCCGCCCGACCCGCCGCCGAGAGUGGAGAGGCCGCUGGAAGGAGAGGCCCCGCCUGGCGUGCCGCAGGAGGAAGAGGGCGAGCGCAUCCAGGAGUCUGCGGCGGGCGCAGAAUGCCAGCAUCCCCAAGAAGAAGAGGACAAGGCCGCGUACGUGCUGAGAGAGACGGCGGCGUUGGAGGCGGAGCAAAAGCGCGUCGACAACAGGGCAGCGGUGGUGGAGCGACAUCUCAGGAGCCUCAUGGAAAGCGGGAGCGACCGCGCUGAGGAGGAGCGUCUGAUUCAGGAGUGGUUCACGCUGGUCAACAGGAAGAACGCCUUGAUACGAAGACAAGACCGCCUGGAGCUGCUGCAGGAGGAGCGCCACCUGGAGAGACGCUUCGAGCUUCUGACCCGAGAGCUGCGAGUCGCCAUGGCCGUGGAAGACUGGCAGAAGUCGCACGGCCAGCGAGAGCGCGAGCAGCUCCUCCUGCGCGAGUUGGUGUCUCUGGUCAACCAGCGCGACGAUGUGGUCAGGAACAUGGACGCCAAAGAGCGAGGGGCGCUGGAGGAGGACGAGCGUCUGGAGCGCGGCCUGGCCAUGCGGAGGAGGAAGUACGACCGCAAGGACAAGUGUGCCCUGCAGUGACAGGCGCGCGCACCGCUGCUCUUCUGCUGCUCGCACCGCCGUUUGAUUUAUUUGCCCGGAGAUUUGUUUUUUUUUUCUGCUCAGAGUGUGUGAGGGUUUGGAAGAAACGGUGACGAUGAGCUGGACUCGACCCGGCGGUGGUCGGAAUGCUCACGACUGCCCCCUCCCCCAGCUGACGUUGUCAUCUGUCUGCAAUUUCCAGUUUCAAAUGAAUGCUUUUAUCCCUUUU